UGAAAGAACGCGGCAGAAUCUAUUUUUGCAUUUUCAUAAACUUCCGGUCCUGCCCUGUAGGUGGUGAAAUUCAGUAUAUAAACUUUAUCUGACCAGAGGGUAUCAGCGAUCAACAUGUCCGGAAGAAAACGACACAGCGCCGUAUGGGAGUUUUUCGAAUAUAAUGCUGAAAGCAACAACAGUAAGUGCAUAGUGUUGGAGCAGGGUGCGUUGUGUGCUGUACAGAUUAAAGGUAAAAACCCAACAAACCUUAAAGUGCACCUAAAUAGCUAUCACAAAUUAGCAUACGAGAUAUUUCUGGGUAAAGAAAAAGAAAGGCUGCAAAGCGAGUGCAAUUUGAGUAUACAUGCAACCUCUAGUACACAUCAUACAAGACAGCAGACAUUAACAUCGUGUUUGCAGAGGACAGCAAAUUGGGGUACAAACUCAGCUGAACACCAAAAACGCGAAGACGCCCAAGUAAACUUGUUUAUUGAAACUGGCAUGUCUACUAGGCUGUGUGACUUGCCUUCAUUCAGAAAAUUUGUUUCCUCUCUUGAUCCCAAAUUUAGCAUGCCACAUGCUGCACGAAUAAAUGCGCUCAUCGUACAUAAAAUGAAUACAGCAACACAGCGUAUCAAAGAAAUGGUCCAACAAGCUCGGAAACUAACCCUUUGUAUAGACGGAUGGAGUAAAAGGGGUCUGACGGCUUCGUUUUUGGGAAUUUCUGCAUGCUUUUAUCAUUCACCAACAAACCAAGCACAGCAUGCUUUGUUAAGUUUACGACGCAUAUGUCAUCCGCAUACGGGACAAGCUUUGGCAAACGCUAUCGACAGUACUCUGGAUGAGUGGGACAUAACAGAAGACAAGGUUAUGAUUAUAGUGACAGACAAUGGAGCAAACAUAGUAAAAGCUAUAGAUAUACUACGGAAAGCGCGGAGGCAAGGAGAAUAUUCUGCACAGCAGUUCAUCGAGCUGGAUUCAACUGAAUCUGAGUCGGACUCGGAUACAGAGGAAGAAGAGAUGAGCGUCUCUGAUCAAGGUAAGUUAAAAAAUAUUGGCUAAGUAGCUCAGUAUAUCCUGCUUGAUACUUUUUGUUUCAGGCAGCAAGAUUGUGGCAUGUAUGAUAAAUGGUCAGCAAACCAUCCAAUAUGUAUCCAUUGUCUCUCUAGUCUGUUAUAUUUUGUAAUAAUAUAACACAUUAGCACAUUUAUACAGCACAUUACAUUUUAAUUAGUCUUGGUAAAAUAGUUAUAAAUUAUCAUAUUUAAAAAUUAUUUCUUUUGUAGUGUUAUAUUUAUAGAUUAAACUUAAUAGAUGAUUCUGGAGGCUGUUUGUAAAAUAAAUAAUAAAAACUAUUAUUUAUUUCAAAUGAUUCAAUGCAGCUUUAAGUUUUUUACAAGACUGAAAAAAAACAAAUAUAUAAAAUUAAAUAACAUGUAAUAAAUAAUAUACAUAAAAUCUACAUUGGAGAAAAGACAAAAUUGAACCAAGAAAAAACAUUUCCUAAAACACAUUAAGCUGAACUGUGAUUUAUUUGAUUACUUAACAGAAUCAACAGACUUCUUUCAAGACGGAGACAUAUCCAGGUUUCGACGUAUGCCUUGUAUGGCACACACACUUCAGCUUGCAUUGAAAGAUGCCAUGAAACAAUCAGGAGCCAGUUCUGCUGUUAACAAAGCCAGGAACCUUAUUCAUUCUGUCAGGAAAUCUUCGGUAGCAAAUGAGCAAAUGAUUAAAAGGUGUGGCCGAACACUGAUUCGUGACUGCCCCACACGGUGGAACAGUACACUUGACAUGCUGAAGCGACUUCUGGAAACUAAAGCUACACUUAAUGAGGUUCUUGAUGAACUCGGGAUAGAUACACUGUUAACCAGUGAUUGGGCCAAGUUGGAAAACCAACUUAAAGUAUUGGAGCCAUUUGGUAUGCACACAGAUCAGCUUCAAACAGAUAGCCAGUCUCUGUCAGAGGUGAUACCUUCCCUGCUAAACCUGGAGGCACAUCUCCAGUCAACUAGUGGAGAGAAAAAUUUGGCACAAGCUCUUCUCAAGUGUUUGCGCCAACGUUUUACAUGUCUGUUAGAUCCCAUUAGUGACCAAUUUGAUCCAGUCCCUGCAGCCGCAUGUCUAAUGGAUCCAACUGUCUCUCUAACCCUACAGUCUCCUGAACUAAUAUCUUUGAAAAGAACAGCAGAGUUAUUUGUAUUGACCGAGGCAGCGAAACACAAUCACACCAUAGAAGCACAACAAGAUGAGUCUACACAAACAGUAGCCGUUUCAGCAAACAUUACAGUCCUUCAGAAAUACAAGUACUUGGCUAAUAAAAUAAAUAGCUUAAACCCUGAAAACCAGCCUUGGCCAUCUGAAAGUGCUCCACUUGAAAUGCAGAAAUAUCAGGAGGAGGUUAGGCUGGGGGAUUUUACUGGAAAUCCUCUUCAGUUCUGGCAAGCCAGGGUGGCUGUGUAUCCUAAACUUAGCCCUGUGGCUUUGGACCUUGUGUGUGCCCCGGCCUCACAAGCAUUUGUUGAACGCAUAUUUUCAGUUUGUGGACAGUUGUCAUCUGGAUUGCGAAACAGAAUGACCACUUCUCUAGAGCACAGAGUUUUCUUGAAAAUUAACAGAAAGAUGUAUAAUUGA